AUGGGUUGUUGUGAACGCCCGGUUUGUGCGGCCCCCUGUUCACCAUGCUCUCCAUGCUCACCAUGCAGUCCUUGCGGACCAUGCGGGCCUUGUGGACCAUGCGGACCUUGUGGUCCAUGCGGAGGAUGCGGACCAUGUAACCCUUGCGGCCCAUGUGGACCAUGCGGACCAUGUGGACCUUGCGGACCAUGUGGACCUUGCGGACCAUGUGGACCUUGCGGACCAUGUGGACCAUGUGGACCUUGCGGACCAUGUGGACCAUGCGGACCAUGUGGACCUUGCGGUCCAUGUGGACCUUGCGGACCAUGCGGUCCAUGUGGACCUUGUGCACCCUGUGGACCAUAUUCAGUAUGCAGCAAUGAUUAUUACAGACGAGAGUAUUGUACAAACAACUGUCUGGUAACUCGCUACAAUUGCCAUAAAACAUUACCACCAAAUCAUUUUUGCGGAUGUAGAGAUUACUGCUGCCGCGUAUGUUACUGA